AUGGCAUCUCACACAGCAGAUGAGUCGCUCAAGCAUGGCGCCCAGCAGAUCGAAGAGGUGUUUGGUGCCCAUGCCAUUGUUGAUGCUAAGCAUGCUUCUGAUGCUGAGCACAACACACCGCUUAUGCAAGUCAUCAAGAAGAACUGGAAAGCAAUUGCCUGGUCAAUGGUCAUGUCGAUGACUGUUGUCAUGGAAGGCUACGACACUAUCCUCAUGUCGAGUUUCUUCGCCUAUCCAUCUUUUGCCAAGAAGUUUGGUGCAUACAACGCGGCUACUGACGACUACCAACUUUCUGGUCCGUGGCAGACCGCUCUUAAUAACGCUAGUAACGUCGGUAUUGUUCCUGGUAUCUUCCUGAACGGAUGGCUCGCCGCCAAGUAUGGUUACCGCAAAGUGAUCAUCGUUGCUCUCUUCUUCCUAAACGCCUUCAUCUUCAUUACCUUCUUCGCACCUAACAAGCCAGUCCUCGUUGUUGGUCAGAUUCUGUGCGGUUUCAGUUGGGGUGUCUUUGCGACAAUUGGACCGGCUUAUGCUUCUGAGAUUGUCCCUUUGCAACUCAGAGGAUAUUUGACAUCAUAUGUCAACCUGUGCUGGGCCAUUGGCCAAUUCAUCGCUGCCGGUGUCCUCAAGGGUCUUGUCGCAAGAACCGACCAAUGGUCCUACCGCAUCCCAUUUGCCGUCCAAUGGGCAUGGCCCGUACCUCUCAUGAUUGCCUGUUUCUUUGCUCCCGAAUCGCCCUGGUACAUGGUCCGCAACAAUAGACUCGACGAAGCCCAACACAUCCUCAAGCGCAUCUCAACAAACACCCACGAAGACGAAAUCAAAGGAACAUUAGCAAUGAUGGUCCACACCGUCGAGAUCGAGACCCAACUCGACAACGAAGCGUCACAAACAUCUUACCUUCAAUGUUUCAAAGGCACCGAUCGCCGUCGAACGGAGAUUUGCUGUAUGACUUUUAUGGGACAGCUGUUUUCUGGCUCUUGCUUUGCUUACACGCCAACCUACUUUUUCCAACAAGCAGGUAUCAAAGACACUGUGUCUUACAGCAUUGGUCUCGGCGGCACAGCAGUCGCCUUCUGCGGCACAAUCGCCUCUUGGUUCAUACUCGCCCACGUGGGCAGAAGAAAAAUUUACACCACUGGCAUGGGAGUUUUGUGCGCUUUGCUCCUAGUCAUCGGCAUCGUGUCCUCAGCAAGCAAAUCCGACGAUGUGAAAUGGGUUGCAGGUGCUCUGACGGUGGUGUGGCUAUUCACUUACUCGCUUUCCGUGGGUCCGGUAGCGUAUACUAUCGUCAGUGAAACUUCUGCUAUCCGCGUACGUGCCAAAACAGUUUGUUUGGCGAGGAACUCGUAUGCGUUGAUGAAUAUCGUGUGUUCGACUCUCGAGUCCUACUUCAUGAACCCCACAGAGUGGAACCUCAAAGGCAAAACCGCAUUCUUCUGGUUCGCAACUUCCUUUUGCACUUUUGUAUGGGCAUACUUCCGACUUCCCGAGGCCAAAGACCGCACAUACGAGGAAAUGGACUUGUUGUUCACGAAAGGUGUUUCUGCGAGGCAGUUUGCCGAGUACAAGAUUGAUGCUUAUGCGGGUGCUGCUUUGGAUAGCAAGACGGAGAUUCUUUACGAGGAAAAGGUUGUUGGUGCUACCAAGUAA